AUGUUCGUCCUUUCUCAUCUCAAGGACACUGUGCGGGUACAGGCGCGUGAUUUUGGGAGGGAUCGGGCCACCGUGAUUACCGCAGAGAUCAAUCGGAAGUAUUCGAAUAAGGUUCUUCCAGACCUUGGAUUGUGUAUAGCGCUUUUUGAUUUGCUGGAUGCUUCGGAAGGGAAGGUGCUUUAUGGGGACGGCUGUUUGUAUCACCGAGUCGAGUUCACUUUGGUUGUUUUCCGACCGUUUAUUGGAGAACACAUGAUAGGCACCGUUAAAUCGAGCUCACCCACAGGAGUCCGAGUCUCCCUCAAGUUUUUUGAUGACAUCCAUAUCCCAUAUCGACUGCUACAGACUCCCUCGGCCUAUGACCCGGCACUGAAUGAGUUUUUCUGGGCCUCAGAAUAUUCGGAUCCGGAGUCAGCAGGUUCGAUGCCGGCCGACCUACUCUCUUGCUCGGAAGACCAACGGCUGUACAUGCAAAUAGGCCAGCCGAUUCGGAUUCGGAUCGAGGAGGAACAUUUCUUGGACGUUGGGCCCAAGGAGGCUCCCAAGGCAGCCAAUCCACCACCCGAGGGUGUCGAGACUAGUGCGCUUGAGGAACAGCUUCGGAAACAGAAGGAAGAGGGCAUUCCUCCUUAUAGUCUAGUCGCCUCAUGUGAUGGACCCGGAUUGGGUAUCUUAGCCUGGUGGCAAUCAGAAGACGGCCAGGAAGAUCAAUAA